GGAAGAGAAGCUGGCAGUCGCUUGAAAAUGACGGUUCGCGCGACAGACACAAAAAGACGGCGCGACCUGGCACAGCUUCUACAUCCGUGUCGCACUCACGCCGGUUCUCGCACUUCUGCUUCAUAGCACAGGCACGCUGAGCUCGUGGUCUAGAGGAUGCAGCCCAAGCGGUCCGCAGAGGAGGCCCUCGCAGAGUCGGCGCCCGCCACGCCUGGAACAAACCCCGGGACACCGUCGCUCAAGAAGCUUUCCAUCCCCAAGCUCACCAAGUUGCGCGCGUUUGAGGGAUGCAGCAACCUCAAAGAUUACGAAAUGCAGGAGAAGAUUGGAGAGGGCACUUUUGGCAUCGUACACCGGGCCUGUCAUCGCAAGACAAAGCAAGUGGUCGCCUUGAAGCGUAUCCUGAUGCAUAAUGAGAAGGAUGGCUUCCCAAUCACUGCGCUUCGCGAGAUUCGCAUCCUCAAAAUGCUCAACCACCCAAACGUGGUGCCCUUGACGGACAUGACCGUAGAGCGUGGCGACAAGAGCAAAAAGAAGCGCGGCGCGAUAUACAUGGUGACGCCCUAUAUGGAUCACGACCUCAGUGGCCUACUGGAAAAUCCAAAGGUCCAAUUUACUCCUGCCCAGAUCAAGUGCUACAUGCAACAGCUUCUGGAAGGGACUGGCUACUUACACAGCAUGCAUAUUCUCCAUCGAGACAUGAAGGCGGCAAAUUUGCUUAUCAAUAAUCAGGGGAUCCUGCAAAUUGCAGAUUUCGGCUUGGCAAGACUGUAUGAAGACGAACCAGCGCCAGACAGCGAUAUGCCCAAGCGUCAAUAUACAAACUGUGUUGUGACUCGUUGGUACCGACCUCCGGAGUUAUUGCUCGGCGAACGCUGCUACACACCUGCAAUUGAUCUAUGGGGUGUAGGAUGCGUCAUGGGUGAAAUCUACCUGGGCAAGCCCAUGUUCCAGGGUCGUACCGAUGUCGACCAACUAGAUCUCAUUUUCCGCCUAUGUGGAGGACCUACAGAGUCAUCUAUGCCGGGGUGGACAAAUUUGCCUGGAUGUGAGGGGGUAAAGAGCUUUGCAGUUCCACCUCGGAUAUUGGAGAAGGAAUAUGCGGUGCAUGGCAUAGAAAUGGCGAAUCUUCUCGGUUCGCUCCUGACGCUGAAUCCUUCGAAGCGUCCUACCGCCACACAAGCCCUCCAAGCAAAGUACUUUUCCUGCGAGCCGCUUCCGGCCGAGGCGGUCGACCUGCCUACGUACGAGUCUUCACACGAGCUGGACAAGAGUGGUUACGCUGCCGCUGCCGCUGCGGCAAAGGCACCUGCAGCUGCUGGGGAGAUGGCGAAGGGCGGAAAUGGCAAUUUGGCAAUCAACAAGGAUGCCGGCGUGCCUUCAACGUCAUGGGCUGACAAUGGCAGACCCCAAGGCAACGGUGCCCCUGAGCGUGGACCUCAGCGCGUUCAAGGUCAUCAGCGCGAUGUGCCGGCACGCAGGCAAGUAUCUCAAGGACACGGUUCUACUGAGCGUGACCGCUGGCCGGAGAGGGGGCAAGCCAACAGCGGUGACCGUGACCGCUGGACGAAAGGCGACCGAGACCGACGUGGGCCGCGUGAUAGGUAUGACAAUGGGCGCAACGGUCGAGAUCACGACAGAUUUCGAGAUCAAAACCGCGGUAUGGACAGAGGCCGAAGUCAUGAUCGUGACCGCUACGAUAGGAGCCGCGAGCGGCUGCCUGAAGGUGAUCAUGAUCGUCCUGACGCUGGCCCACGGGAUCCGCGCGAUACACGAGAGCCACGACGUGAGUAUCGCAACUUGCUUCUCGCGCGAUCUGGUCAGAGAGAUGUAUGAGAGAUCUAUUGUAUGGAUGCAUCCUAGCAAUGAAUGUGACUGUG